AAUCCGCGAGUCAUACCGUAAAUCACAUACACGCGCGCGCAAAAAAAGAAAAUGACAGCACUCGGCUCUUCUAUAAAUACCAUUUCUCACCUCCUUCCUUUGGCGCCAUAACCCCCCAAAUUCAAAAUUUGCUCCUCUCUCAUUUCUCCAUCUUGAUGAUCACCAAACCCAGAAAAAUGUACACCUACUUCGAACAACAAUACUCGACAUCUUCGGUUCUGGUUCCAAUUCCGAUUCCAAUGCAAUCGAAUCAUCCAAAAUCACCACCAUCUUCAUCAUCACCCCAAUCAUGCAGUCAAGGUCAUCGAUCUUCGCUCAUCCUUCCAACCGAAGAAGGAGGUUCAAUUUGCUUACUCUGUUUCACAAACCUAAUCUCAAACCCUAAUUCUCCUACCUUCCAUGUCUCCUACGCUCUCUCUCAGCUCUCUCAUGCCGUUUCUCAACCUUCCUUUCUCUCUCCUCUUCUCUCGUUUCAUACUCACCUCAUUCUCUCUCCUCUUGUUCAUUCUCUCUCCUCUAUCGAUGAUGAACAGAUUGCUCGGCAAGUUAUUGAUGUUGUUUCUGAGAUUUCUGAUUAUGGCGGUUCUUCGGUUGCUGGUGAUUUUGUUGCGAGUGUUGCUGCUGUUUUGUCGUCUGGUGAACUUGCUUGGAGUCGUCGUCAGGUUUACUCGCUACAUUGUCUGGGAGUUCUUUUGACACGUCAAAUGGAUACUUAUGCCUGUAUCAAAGAUAAAACUGGUCUGAUCAACAAUCUUGUGAUGGGUCUUCAAUUGCCAAGUGAAGAAAUUCGAGGGGAGAUCAUGUUUGUUCUAUACAGGAUAUGUAUCCUCCAGUAUUCCAGUGAAGAUGAGGAAGGUGCUGAUAUAUUGCUUGAGUAUAGCCCCAUGAUCUUACAAUUAUCUUUGGAUGCACUUAUGAAGACUCAAAGAGAUGAUGUUCGCCUAAACUGUUUAGCUGUUCUGAAGGUGUUGGGUCAAAGAGGAUUCCUCUCAAAUGCCUUUUCAAGUGACUUCAACGUGAUGGAUACCUGUGAAGCUGAUAACUAUACGCAAUCCUCCGAUGAUCAACCUAAUGGUUCUUCUUUAAGUAGAUUGUUUGCUGAGGCUAUUAAGUCUCCAUUGCUCUCUCCUGAUAGUGAAGUUCAAAUUUCUACACUGGACCUCAUAGUACAUUGUUUAUCAUGUGGGAACUGUUCACUCAAGCAAAUUCAAGUCUUGGUGGAAGAGAAUCUUGCAGACUACAUAUUUGAAAUACUAAGGCUAUCAGAGUACAAGGACCAGAUAGUAAGCUCUUGCGUUCAAGCUCUUGAUAUCUUAUCAGCAGCUGAACAUAUCUUCAGGCAGAGGCUUUUCCUUGGCUUCUCUACUUUGGUCUCUGUUCUGCCUCAGGUAGCUGAAAUACCUUUUCAUCCUGUUCAACCUCAGAUGCUAAAGCUCAUAUUGGUUGGCAUCUCAAGUUACCCUGGAGUAGUAUCUUCCAAACUUGUUGAAGAAAUAAGUUGUUCCUUGACACAAAUACUAAAGAGAUACUCUGCUGGUGAGAUGGGUAUGCUUCCUGAAACAUUCAUUAACAUCUGUUCCAUUUUUGUCGCUCUUGUGAAAUCUCCUUCAGCUAGUGGAGCUUCAAAUUUGAUGACUACAGUCCUACAAGCAUCAAGACAUGCAAUUCUGGCCUCAUUGAGCACAAAUGACUUAAACGGCUACCAACUUCUGCAUUCUUUAUCUCUGUUAAAAGAAACAUACUCAUUUUGUCACGAAAUCAGCUCCAUAUGUAACAGUACAGAGAUGCAACCGAGAAAUUCAAUUAUAGAAGUAUGUAAAAAUCAUAUAGUACCUUGGUUUAUGACAGAAAUCAAUGGUUUGGAAGAGGAGAGUGUGUUGGGAAUAUUGGAGACCCUGCACUUCAUACUGUUACAAGCUCAUAAUAAUCAGGCCUUGCAACGCACUCAUGCUCUACUUUCACUCUCAUGGUUCAGCUUGUCUUUCAGAUGUUUAGGUCUGCAUCCUACAGAAAAGAUGAAAUUGACAGUGUAUCUGAUGCUAAGUACUAUUGUGGAUAAUAUUCUUGGCGAUGAUUCUGGCAAAUCCAUCAGAACUGUUGCAUCUGCUUUGCCAACAGAUCCUGUUGAUCUUCUGUUUCUUCUGGGGCAGAAGCACAACUUAGAUCUGUCAUCUUGCCAGACUGCUGUAUUACAAAUACUGCAUAUCAGCUCUUUAUACGACGAAAUGCUUGCUGACAAGAAGCUAGUUUUGACUUCUCUGGAGCAAUAUAUGCUUGCCAACAGCAGCCACUUGCUUUUCGGAGCUGUUGACUCGAUUGUGGUAGUCUAUUUGUUGAAUCUUUAUGCUCUGUGUAGAAGCUUUGCCAAAAAGAACUACCAGAUUUGUUACAGUUCUGAUGCAGAAAAGAUUUACUUCGAGCUCUUGGAGGAGCGAGAUUGGGAUUUAUCAUCUUUCGACAUUCACCCAUCCUCAUUAAAAUGGUUGUUUCAACAGGAGAAAUUCAGCAAGUCCUUGUCUUGCCAAAUCCUCAAACUCUCUCGAAAUAGUUUCUCAAAUGACACGCUAGUGAACUGUGGGAUUCUUAAUUUCCGUAAUAUAGCAUGUUUAGCCUCUCUAGGAGACAACCUUUUACCAAAACUGUUGGUCCUUUUGCUGAAACAGCUUGUUGGAAAAGAUAUGUUGCUAGAGGAUGUAAUAUCAUUACUUCAUUUCAUAUCAUCAAUUAUCACCAUUUUUCCGCAUGCUGCAGAUCAGCUCUGCAUGCAUGGGAUGGGCAGUGCAGUUCAAAAUCUCUGUUCAGAUUUGUUAUGCUCUUCGUCACUGGAGAACUACAUGAUCGUUUCACGUUUUAUCUUCUUCAUCUUAUGUUCCGUGCAAUCUCAAACACUCUAUGAUGAUGAAGCUUGGCUUGCAGUGGUGAUAAAGGUAGGUAAGUCUUUGUGUAAAGCAUUGAGACCUAGUUUCAUCCAUGAAUCUUUCUUACUUUUUUUUUUUUUUCUUUUACGUCUCUCUCCAAGCAGCUGUUUGAUUCGUUUACUUCCAAUGAGGGCUAAUGGAUGGACAGAAGAGCAUCUAUUAGUACUUGGUGUCCUUUCAUUGGUUUUGCAUCAUUCCACUCAGGGCGUGCUCAUAGAAACUGCAAGGUUUAUACUUCUGAAUUCUCCUUUAGCCUCCCUAAUGCGAGCCACAGUUGAUGGACUCUUGGCGAAUGGAUCUGCUUCAAUUGAGCAAGAAGAGGAAUCAGACACCGAGCGCACAUUAGUUUUUCUACUGUUAUUUCUCUAUUUUUACCUAAAAAGUUUGCAAGUUGUUCUACCAGGAAGCGUGGACUGGCAAAAUUUCUUCAAUUUACCAGAAGGGACAUGUGCAUUUCCUGCAGUUGGAAUUUCUUGCCAGGAUGUAUGCAGGUUCCUGCAUUUCGGUUCAUCCCUGGUCAAAUUAAUUGCCUCACAUUGCCUGUUCGAGUUGUUGAGUGGGAUCACAAAUCAACAGAAUGGAUUGAAAUGCGGCAAGGGGUAUUUAAGGUCCAUAGUUGCGGUAUUAGAAGGCCUUAUUUUUCACUGUGAUCUUCGAAUUGCCCUGAACUCUAGCCUCUGUUUAUCAAUGAUCUUCAGCUGGGAAGUACCCAGUGCCUAUCAUACAAGCUUAAAUAGAAACAACAGCUGGUGCAGGAUGAUUGUGGAAGAGCUAGCCAGAUCUUUGGCUGCGCCAUCUUCAGUAUCUACUUCAUUGAUGAAUCAUCACCGGCCUGCAGUGCACAUUGCUACUGCUCUUCUAAGAUCAAAAUCUGUUCCUUCAUGGAUGAAUUCUGUGUUCGAUGAAGCCUGUGUAUCUAGCUUAAUCGAGAACCUCUCUCCUAAUAACACUAGUGUUGAGGUGGUUCUCUUAUUUCAACAGCUGCUGCUGUCAGCUUAUCUGAAGCCUGAUCAAAUUGAUAAACUGGAUAAUUUGCUUCAGGCAUGUAAGAGCUGCAUACGCAUGGGAAGUAAAGACGGUGAUUGCACGGGAGAGCAAGGAAGGAAGGUUGUGACAAUGUCGAGCGACUUGGGAGAAAUUUGUGAGGUUCUACUCCAAUCAAUGUCGUUGGAAACACAAUUGGAUGUUAAUUUUGGCGGAUAUCAUGCCAAGGCUAAUAGAUUAAUGGAAGAAAUGGAGUUGUUUUCCAGGCUCGCGGAAGAUAGGAGGAUUAGUAAUGAUAUUGAUGUGUUGCAGGAUUACAAAGAAAUAGGAAUUGAUAACAAAGUAUUAUUGUUGUAUAACAGAGAUAAGAUAAGCAAACGAGGCCAUUACAAGAACCCACAAUAUCCACCACUCGACCCUCUUCCGAUUGUAGUUGUUGUCGAAAGUGUAUAUCGAGAGUAA